UAAAAUUUUCUUGUUUGCUUUUUUUCCCUUUUCUGUUUUGUUGUAUUAAUCAAGUUUUCUUUCUCCUCUCUCCCUUUCCCCUAGAGAUUUAGAAGUCCUGUUCCUCAAUUCUUUUUCCCCCAAGAAAUUGUACCUAGGUGUUAUAAUUUCUAAGGAAAACUCUUAAAAUUCAUGAUUGUGACAUAAUUCCCAUAAUUUAGUUGUGUUGAGAAUCCUACAGUAAUGAUCCUUUUUCUCUCAGAACUCUGUACCUCACAAUAUUUUGGUAUUGUUGGUGUUAAUCACUCUUUUGCAGAUAACCUUGGGGGGUGGGAGAGGCUUAAGUACUCUUAAAGGGUUUUCUCUUUAUUUUUUAAAUUUAUUUUUUUUCAAUAUCCAACUCAAGCUUUGGGAAAAUCCUUUGAAAAUGUUCAUGCUCACUUGUGGUUUUGAAGCAUUCAUUUAAUAUGCAUUGCUUCCAUUAACCUUUUAGUUGGGCAAUCAGGCUUUUCAUCUUCAUUAUCUCUUUCUUGUUUUUGUUUUGUUCCUUUUACAUGAAGUCUGCUGUUAUUUUUGGCAGUAAAAUGUCAUGAUGAGCAGUUUUGCCCAAAGGAAGGGGCUGAUAUCAGAAAAAGGUGACUGGGAAUGUCAGCAAGAUUAAGUGGCUCGUUUCCUGAUGGCUCUUCAUGUACAAUGACACACUGUUUGUGAUGGCAUCCGAGACGGAGAAGACCCAGGCCUUACUCCAGUCUUGCAGCACUCAGGCUCUUCUCUCCAGCCUCGGCCUGGGGACAUUCUGCCUUGUGGCUGACAGGCUUCUGCAGUUUCCCAUAAUUCAGCACAAUACCUGGCUCCGCGCCCUCUCCGACAAUGCAGUGCACGGUGUGAUCGGCAUGUGGUCCUGGGCGAUCGUCAUUGGCAUCAAGAAGAAGACUGACCUCAGAGAGAUCUUCCUAGCUGGAUUUUUAGCCUCUGUUAUUGACGUGGACCACUUUUUACUAGCUAGAUCCCUAUCUUUACAGGCUGCUCUGACUCUCCCACGAAGACCCUUCCUUCACUGCUCUACGCUGAUACCCAUCGUGGUUCUGACCCUCAAGGCUACCAUGCACCUCUUCAAGCUCAAAGACUCGUGGUGCUUCCUCCCCUGGAUGGUCUUCAUAUCCUGGACCUCACACCACAUCCGGGACGGCCUCCGUCGCGGCCUGUGGCUGUGCCCGUUUGGAAAGACCCCUCCCCUGCCAGUCUGGCUUUAUGUCGUAAGCACGGCAUCUUUGCCUCACUUCUGUUCCAUGGUCAUGUAUUUAACAGGGACAAGACAGGUGAUGUCUUCAAAACACGGAAUCCGUAUUGAUGUCUGAGGUCACCGUGCAGCAGCCUCAGAGAAACGAAUGGUUCGGACAGUGAUAAUUAAGGAUAUCCAACAUUAAAGGGACUUUUAGAAAACAUAUUAGGUACUUACAUGAAUUAUUAUAAUUCCUGAAUCCUCUUGCUCAGGAGGUGUGUGCAAUUUUUUUUUAAUGUUACGUUUGUUGUAAUUCUGUUUUCCUCUCUGUAACAGUUUCAUGCUGUAUUGGACUUCCAUUUAUUCCACUUCUAUUUUUAUUUUUUCUUCUGUGUAUCUGGCUUUACUAAUAGCUUGAUUAGAUUGACAUCCAGUUGUGUUUUCUGGAAGUAGAGUUUUAAGGUAGUUGAUUUCCUGACGAAAAAUAGUUCAAAUUUUAGGGUGAAUAGUUUGUGGAAGAUUAGCAUGAUGUUUGGAUCCUCAUUUUCCUGAGAUACUGAAACAGUGAAAAGGCCAAAGUUAAGGAGACCGUGAGUGAGAUGUACUAGUACAGUGAGGGCUCACACUUCCUUCUGCCUGUCUGUGUGGGCCCUGACGGGGGUGGAAUUGCCCAGUGCUGUAGUGAGUUGUGGUUACUGGCAGGAUCAGCACCAGUGCAGUUGUGCUGGAAAUAUAGCAUUCAUACAAGACAGUAACCAAGAUUAGAUCUGGGUUAUCGAUAUAUAUAAAACCCUAACAUGCCAUAGGCCAAACAGUGGAACACCAAACAACUGGUCGCUAUGAUUUGUGCCGAGCCACGGUGGGAUGGGGGACAAAACAGGGCACCAGUCGCUGUCAUUGGGACGAGCCUUUGGUGGUUACUGAAAAUUCUUUGCUCCAUAAGCCACAGUUUCACCCGGUGCUUGCACCUGCUGCUGGCACCCGUGCUGGCCCCGGCCCCCCUUGCACCUGCUGCCAGUGCUAGAGCCACUGCUCACACCCACUGCUGACGCCCGGCGCCAGCCCCAGUCAGUUAGCAGCAUCAGCAGGUACGAGCGGUGGCUGCCAGCCCCAAUCCCGGAGGGCUUCUCCACCUCCCCCUGCUCCUGAAGGGUGAUCAGGGCAGCAGCCACCACCGCACCCACUGACAGUUCUGGCUCCACUUGCACCCGCUGAUGGCGUGGGCCAAUCGGGGCUGGUCCCAGCAGCGGGUGUGAGCAGGGCUGGUGCGGGAACCAGGCGGCCAGCUGCCAUGGUGGGAGUGGCCAGGCAGGAGUGCAGAGGAUAGGCGGAGACCCACCCCUGUGCCCACCGUAGCUUUGCGGCCCACAGUUCCAAGGUGCAUGAAUUUGUGCACUGGGCCCCUAGUUGUCUCAGAAAUCACUUUAGAAAAUUAUUGCAAUAUGUCGGCUAUAGUAACAUCUUCCUGAAGUAUUAUUAUGUCAGUAUCUUUGCUCAAGAAUCUCAUGUGUUAGGGUUUUAACUGUUUU